ACUCAGCGUUAUCAACCUUUUUUGCCUCCGGUAAUCAAACCGAUACUUCAGAAAGCAGUUAGUACCAAGUCAGAGUCAGCCGGUUUCACUUCUACUUGCUGAAAGCUACGAGAAAAAAGGACGGUCACGCAAAGUUUUUAUAUUACCUGCAGCUGGGCAAUGCGCAAUGGAGACUAACAAGGAUGAAGCCCAACGAUGCAUUGACCUAGCAAAAGAAAAUCUGAAGUUGGCAGAAAAUUUAGCUGAGAAAUCCUACAAAAUAUACCCUACUCUGGAAAAUGAAGAUUUUCUACGAAGGAUUAACAGAAUCUCGACUUCGUCACCAGAAUCCGAUAAAAGAACGAGAGGAAAAGACCACGAAGAAUCAAAGUUUAAUGGUGAUUAUGCGCAAGUUAACGAGAGUAAAACAAGGCAAUUCAAUGUCCUCAGAAAAGAUAACUUCAAUGAAGACAAUUUGGGAAACGCGAAUGAGUUAGCUAAGACCAACAGGAAAUACGACAAGAAAUCGAAAGUGACAUUGAGCCAGCAGGAAACUACAACUACAACUAAUAAAAAUAACUACAACCAACCAAAGGUGAACGUUGAUUAUACUCAAGCCAACGAGAAUGAAGCCCUACGAUGUAUUGAUUUGGCAGAGUCUGCAUUCAGCGAAGGCAAUCUGGAAAAAGCAAUAAAGUUAAUCGACAAAUCGAUCAAGAUGUGCCCUUUACAAAAAGCCACAGAUGUUUUACGACGUUUAAAAAAUGCUUCCCUGAAUGCUAAAAAACGUGCUACUAGAGUCAGUGAAGAAUACUACACAAAACUAAAGGCAAACGUUGACUUUACUCAAGCAAACAAGGAUGAAGCCCUACGAUAUAUUGAAUUGGCAGAGGCUGCCUUGAACGAAGGUCAUUUGAAAAAGGCAAUACAGUUUACCGAGAAAUCCAUUUACUUGUGCCCUCUGAAAGAAGCCCAAACUGUUCUACGAGAUUUAAAAACCGCCUCCAUGAAAGCCAAAAGACAAGCAACUAGCAAAUACUACAACAAACCAAAAGUAACCGAUGACUAUAAUCAAACAUACAAGAAUCAAGCACUGCGUUGCAUUGAACUAGCGAAGGCUGCCUUCAACGAAGGCAAUCUGGAAAAGGCUAAAAACUUAGCUGAGAAAUCUGUCAAGUUGCACCGAUUGGAGGAAGCCGAUGAUUUUCUGCAACGUCUCAAAAGCGCUUCGACGCCCUCCGGAACGAAUACUAGAAAACAGACAACUUCAGCCAAUAAAAAGAACUACGAUGAACCAUAUAUUAAAGUUGACUAUAGUCGAAUUAAUAAGGAAGAAGCGCUACGAUGUAUUGACUUGGCAAAGGCUGCCUUCAACGAAGGCAAUUUAGAAAAGGCAAAUUUUUUUGCAGAAAAAUCCAUCAAGUUGUGCCAAUUGAAGGCAGCCGAAGAAUUGCUGCAACGUAUUGAAAGCACUUCAAGCUCUUCGUCGCGUCCUAGCGAUAGUAAUGCUCAAAGACAGAGAACUUCAGCCAGUGAAGAAAACUACAACAAACCAAAGGUAAACGUUGACUAUAAUCAAAUUAAUAAGGAAGAAGCACUACGAUGUAUUAAUUUAGCUAAGGCGGCCUUGAACGAAGGCAAUCUGGAAAAAGCUAAAAAGUUAGCCGAAAAAUCCAUCAAGUUGUGCCCUUUGAGGGAAGCCGAAGCAUUACUUCGGCGAGUCGAGAGCGCCUGGAGCUCUUCGUCGUCGUGUCCUAAAGAGAAUACUGCCAGAAAACGGGCAACUUCGGCCAAGAAAGAAACUGAGAGAGAGCCAAAGCUGAACGUUGACUAUACCCAAGCACAGUUAGAUGCGGUGCAAAAGGUUCUGAAAGGUAAAGAUUGCUAUGAAAUUCUCGGAAUUACCAAAGAGGCCUCCGGUUUCGAAAUUGAGAAAACUUACAAAAAGCUUGCGCUGUUGUUGCAUCCAGACAAAAACAAAGCACCCGGAUCGGUGCAGGCUUUUCAGUUUCUACUCCAAGCCGUUGCCGAAGCACGGAAAUGCAAAGUGUACAACAUGUCUGGCGGCAACUCCGGACACCGAUUCUCGUCCACCGGAAAUAGUCACGGCAAUAAGUACGAAUCAGAUACCGGCUAUAGAACGACCAACGAAAGACCAGAGAAUCAGGAAUCAAAACACAACUUUCAAUCAUUGGUAUUGAUUUUUAUUCUCGCUGUGGGUGUUUUUUAUCUGCUUUUUCAGAUUUUGAAGGGUGUUCUCCAGAUUUUGAUGCUUGUUCUACCGAUUCUUUGUGCAAUCAAAAUAAUACUAAAAAAUAUCGAUUUUUGAAUACGGCAAAUGCGCCAACUGUAAACAAAUCCAGAUUAUCACAUAAA